UCUGCGUGUGUGCGUGUGUGCGUGUGUGGUUCAAGGCCUCUCAGUAACCGCUGGUGGGAACAGUGAGUGUUGGGUAACUGGGUCAUUCAGAGGCAAUUGUGGGUAGGGGAGGCAGUAAUGGCGUAUGGUAGCGAUGCGGGGCCUCCGAACAGCGAGUGUGUAACGUGAUGCGCCUCUCAGUGUGGUUUCUCGAGCGGCAUAAAACUGCUGAGUGGGCGUGUGACUGCCUUCCUUUGUCUGUACAUGUCAUGUUUCGGUGAGUCACACAGCUGACGGUCUGAGAACUUGCUGGAAACCAACAGUGCGAACGGUGCUGAUUGUAGGAUCGGUUUCAGGGUGUUGCUCUGUUACUCUGACAGUGUUGUGUGUUCAUUAGCAAGUGCUCAUCGCAAAAAACACACCAUCCACCUGCCAAGAGACACGACAAGGGAUUAGAAAAACCUCAAAGUUCGACGUGAGAAGUCUUUGUUUAAAAAUUGAAACGAGCAGAGCGCCUCCGGGGACAGAGAGGACAGAGGUCCUGCGUGUGGGUUGCACCUGAGAAAGUGCCGGAAGCGGAAAGUCGUACGGGGAUCGGCUUUGGGUGGGGCAGGAUUAGUGGGGCACCUGCAGCGACACACACACACACACACACACACACACACACACACACACACCUGAGCACCGAUGAGGUCACUAGGCGUGUCCCAGUGAGGCUCCCCGGAGAAAGAGAGAGACAGAGCCGUCGUGCCGAUGGGACCAGCAUUCAGGGAAUGCUGAUGGAGAGACAAACAGCUGUUGUUUUAUUUUUCUUAUGUAAACGAGCCGCUGGUCUGCACUCUUCCUCCAGUGGCCAGAGAGACCGGUUUAUCUCGAGUCCUUGUUCCUGUCGGCGAACCUGAACCUGUUACGGGAGCGUGCCGCAGCAUGCGGAAGAACGUGUCCCACGGCAGGUGUACGGGGAGAGUCCUUGGCGACCGUCGCCAUCGCCAUGGUCUCAAUGUGCGGCCCUGAGAUCGUGACAGACAGAAGCCAGCGACUCUGAGAUGACAGGAAAACCGCAAGUCUCUCACUUCCUCCUGUCUGUGAGCGAGAUGCUCUCGGGUUCCUGUGACAGGAGCGGCAGUCGAGCGGUCUGGACGCCCAGAGACAGGAUGGACCGACCAGGACGCCUCUUCCGGAAGCUGCUUCUCCUGUGUUUGAGCGCCAGUGUACACUGGGACACCUGUCAAUGCCAACAAGAGGUGCAGAUUAAUGAACCUCCACUGUUCCGAGCCCAGGGCUCCCCGCUCACCAUCUCCUGCACCGUGAUCAACUCAAGGAGCUCUCACGAGCAGCAGUUUGAUUUUGUCAUUUACAAGAAGUCUGCACCCGAAAGGAUGGUCAACAUCAUCAGCACCGGGGAUCCCAGCUUCCCUUACGCCGACUACUCAAAGAGAGUGCGGAACGGAGACAUCGAGGUUGAGCGGCUGAGCAGCUUCUCUGUGCUCUUACAUAUGAAAGAGCUGCUGAAGGAGGACGACGGAGAUUUUGAGUGCCAGACGCCCAAUCAACUCGGGACGUACCUUGGAAGUUAUUCCGCAAAAACCACCGUCAACGUGAUCGCGGACACCUUGAGUGUCUCCUCCACCGCCACCGACGUGACCAAGACCGAGGGAGAGUCCCUGGUGUUCGAGUGCCAGAUGUCCACCCAAACAUUCCAGCAUACCCACUUGUCCCUCACCUGGUACCUGCAAGGAGAGAGUGACAGCCAGGUCCAGCCCAUCAUUUCCCUUGACAAAGACCUCACCGUGAGGCCUGGGAAAGCGUUUGAGAGCCGCUACACAUCUGGGUUCAUCUCUGUCGACAAGGUAGAUGAGACUACCUACAAGCUGGAGAUAUCAAAGCUACAGGUGACAGACCAGGGCAAGAUCUCUUGCGAGGGGAGUGAAUGGAUUCAGGACCCAGACCGCUCCUGGUAUAGACUGGGCCAGAAAAAUGUCACGGUGUCAUCUGUCCAAGUCCAGCCUCUCAUUGUAGACCCAAACAUGGACUCCUUCAGUGUCCAGGUGGAGUCCCCAAAGGGGGGUGUGCGGGAGGGAGAGGUCCUGCAGCUGAAGUGCACGGUGGAAGCACAGAAGAUCCAGGAGCGCUACUUCUCUGUGGCCUGGCUUAAAGACGGCAGGGAGGUGGCUCACAUGGACCCCAGGGGUGUGGUCUCCAUCUCUCAGGAGUACGAGGCCAGGGACAGAGAGGGAGAAAUGAAGGUGUGGAAGAGCAGCAACAGGGACUACGUGCUUUUCAUCAAACCCGUCCGAGUGAUGGACACCGGCGAGUACCAGUGCAGAGUCUGGAAGGAGGAGAAGGGCACCGGGGGAGUUUUCACACAGGGGCGGAGCCAGGACUCCAGUGUGGAGCGAGUGGCCGUCACUGUCCCAGAGAGCAACCUGGUUGUGACCGUGCCCAGCGCGGCUGUGAGUGUCACGCAAGGCAGCCUGUUGCAGCUCGCUUGCCAAGUGUCGGGGGCCAAGGGACAGGUGUCAGUGGCCUGGCAACACAGGAGCGACAAGGGCACCACUGUUGAUGUCAUCAACUUGAGCCGGAGUGGGGUCAUGGAGCCCGGUGCACAGUACCGCCAACGGGUUCAGGCCGGGAACGUGCGAGCGCUCCGCCCAACCGCAAGCAAUUUCACGCUGGAGAUCGCCAACGUUCUGCUCACCGACUCCGGGGUCUACAGGUGUACGGCGACAGACUGGGUGACCGAGAGGGACGACAAAGUCAAAAACAUCGACAGCAAGUUGCAAGAGUCCACAGUGUCUGUCGUUUCCCUGGAUUCUAUAAUCAGCGCAAGUCUGAAGAGUCGCAACGUUCGGGUCACGGAGAACGACACUGUCGAGCUCAUCUGUACGGUCAAGAGACCCGAAGCACCGCUGUCGGUCACGUGGAAGUUUCAGCCGACCGGCACGCCGAGCCAGGCGGAUAUAGUGCUGCUCACGCACAAUGGCGACAUCACAUGGUUUAAGGAACUUCGCAACUAUCAGCUAAGAGUGCAAGCGCAGGCGGAAGAAACAAGAGUGGUACUGCGAAUAAUGAGGGCCAGUGCCUCCGAGGCCGGCGCCUACCAGUGUGUCGUCGACGCAUUCUUGCAACAAGUGCAGACGUCCCGGAAGCUCUCCAAUAAACUGAGCGUGAUUGUCAGUAGACCAGAGAGCUCCUUGUCCAUCGCAACUGGACCUCAACCACUUUUGGAGCACGAUGCAAACUCAGAUGUGCGCAUGGAAUGCCGCAUCCUGAAAGCCACGUCCAACUCAUCCCGCUUUGCGGUCACCUGGCAGCUCCAGCGGCCUGGAGAGAAGAACCAAACGGUUGUGAGCAUGGACCAUGACUCUGUCCUCUCUGACCCAGGAGAGGCAGAAAGAUACAGUCUCAGGAGACAUGACGCACAGCUCUUUGAACUGCUUGUCCCGCGUGUGGAGACCAGAGACAGUGGUCAAUACCAUUGCCUUGUGGAAGAGUGGCUGCAGAACUCACACGGCGUCUGGUACUCAUUGCCAGCAAAGUCUGAUGCUUUGGAGCUCGUGGUUCGAUCAAAACGGAGUGGUCUGAGUCUGCUGAAGAGCAACCUCGAGGUCUCAACAGCCGAGAACGAGCAGGUGAACGUCAACUGCACCAUGGAGGCCGGCAGCGCCUUGCCUUCUUCUCACUACUCUGUCACCUGGUUCUUCGCCAAAGUCAACGCUUCAGCUAAGGAAACGUUGGGGAAGGUGGGUCAUGAUGGUGUGCUGGACACCUCAGGCCUCGCACCAGAGCUUCUGGAGAGGAUUCGCUUCUACAGACCAGCCAUCGACACCUUCAGCUUGACAAUCCAAAGGGUGUGUGUAGAAGAUGGUGGCGAAUACUCCUGCGAGGUGGCUGAGUACCAGACAGACCGCGAUGGCAAUGUGAUGUACAUCGGUUCCAGUAAAUCCGGGAUCACCAACGUCAGAGUCCUUCUCCCAGAGUGCAGCGUGACUUUACCCUGCAGAAGAUGGACCACACCAGACACGGUCUAUUCUUCAGCCGACCACGAGCAGAUAUGUACAGCCUGGCAGUGACCAAUGCUGAGCUCUCCGAUGGUGGUCAGUACUACUGCUGGGUAGAGGAAUGGCAGCUAACACCCAGAAACACAUGGCGGAAGAUGGCUGAGGACAUGUCUGGGUCUUUGACUGUGCUCGUUGAGACCAAAGGUAGAAGUUUCUGUCAAUACUCUUCUUCUAUUUACUGAGGUCCCUCAUGAGUUGUAGCAGUAAAAUGUCAACUUGGAGAAAACCAGAACUCGUCUUCCUCAUUUCAGUGUAGUUCCACAAUCCUUUACAUGUCUGAUGCAUACCAGAAUCCCCAGGUUGUAGAAUGACCAACGUUGGCCAGGGACAGUUUGGAAGCAGAGUUCAAACAACCACUGUGUCCCCUCAAUCUGCAGCGGACAGCACCUUGAGUCUGCU